AUGGUUAAUCCACAGUUUUGUUUGACUAGGAAGGUGUUUUCCUUUAAGAUGAGCAAAUGGAUGGGUCUCUCUUGCUUCCGGCCACUGCUGAUCUCCUCAUCCAACAUUCGGCAGAAGAAACUAAUUCACAAGCUAAAGCAGGAAAAGGCUUUUCGAGAAGAGAUAAAAAUAUUUCGUGAGAAAAUACAAGAUUUCAGGGAGGAAAUGUGGAAUUUCCGAGACAAAAUUUAUGCUUUCCGGGGCCAGAUCCUGGGUUUUUGGGAAGAAGAGAGACCUUUUUGGGAAGAGGAGAAAAUCUUCUGGAAAGAGGAAAAAACCUUCUGGGAAAUGGAAAAAUCUUUCCGAGAAGAAGAGAAAAAAUUUUGGAAAAAGUACCACGUCUUUUGGAAGGAGGAUAAAGCCUUCUGGAAAGAGGAUAAUGCAUUGUGGGGAAGAGACCAUAGCCUUCUUCAAGAGGACAAAGCCCUUUGGGAGGAAGAGAAGGCCCUUUGGGUGGAGGAAAGAGCCCUUCUUGAGGAGGAGAAAGCCCUUUGGGAAGAUAAAAAGUCCUUGUGGGAGGAAGAGAAUGCUCUCUGGGAAGAGGAGAAAGUAUUCUGGGCAGAAGGUGGGGGCUAUAUUGCUGAGGAACAGGUACCUGGACAUGGGCACCACAAUGUCAAUGAAGGGCCACAAUCACCAACCUUCUCAAGAGCCAGGGCAUGA